GCGCAGGUGCGUGUUUAUUUCCGUACCAAUACAUAGUCAUGGCUGCCAAGAAGCGAGAUUCCUGUGAAAAUAUUAAAAAUGACCUAGAUAUAGCCGAUCAUCAGGAAAUUAUUUGCCUGCUUAUACGCAGGGAAAGUGAUCACCAUUAUUGCCUACGCAGACACAAAUCUAGUAAUGGCUGGUGGUUGCCGUAUGGAAACAUUAGGGAAGGAGAACAUUUUAGAACCGCAGCACUUCGUAUUGCUGCUACACAGCAGGCAAACAAAGUCAGCGUGCAGGGUUUAGUCACGGUGCAUUUUACAACACUACCAGGGGGCGCCACAAAGCGGACCCGCUUUACAGUACUAGUCACAACAUCUGGCUGUGCGGCAACAAAUACAGAUGGAAGUAUCAUGUGGAUUAGUGCAGAAGAGAUGAAAAAGCAACAUGACUCAGCCAAGCUGCUCUUGCUAGGUCCCGAACCAAUGGUUCUUGCUCAACAGAUAGAAAAUGCUCACACCAAGUGUCAGGACGGCGGCGGCAGCGGCAGCAUCCAGAUGGCUUCGGUGACGGAGGAUCUGUUUGAGUACGUUGGCACGGGGGAGGAGGGCGCGAUCGAAGCCGUGCACGCUUCCCAGCAGGACCUCCUCGUCAAGUCCGCCAAGCUCGGCAAGAAAGAGCAAGAACUGCUGUACGUGGAGUUCAUGGAACUGUGCUAUCCGGUGAACGUGAUGAACUCUGCUACGUUCACCGAGCUGUUCACGAAGAAAGGCAUUCCGGCAGACAAGGUUGAGAGCUAUUUCAGGGCCUUUGACAUAGACUGCAGCAAGUUUGUGUCGUACAAGCAGCUGUUGGUGGGACUUGCCGCCAUGGAGCCGACCACACAGCACGGUGGCGCCCCUGCUGAGCAGCGCUGUCGCUACAUCUUCCGUUUCUACGACCAGGACCAGGAUGGCUAUUUGCAAUUUGAGGAAUUUAAGAUGCUGAUAAAGGACAUCAGAGACAUCAAGAAUCUGCCGACGGCCGAAGAUGAGGUGGACCAGGAGGCGUUGGCCAGCGCUAAGCUGUUUGAGGCGGCAGAGAGCUCGGCGCUGUCUCUCUCAGAGUUCCUCACUGCCGUGGGUCAGCUGCGAUUUCGUGGCACCUCGCUGCUGUUCCGCCUUCCUCAGUCCAUCGUCACCUACCUCCGGCGCGGGGGAAGGCCCGGUAUGUUGGUGAAGAACGAUAAGGUGCAGGAAGACGACCUCACUAGUCUCGCCCAGCCAGCGAAGAAGGUCCGAACAUCUCUCACGAUCGCAGACAGCAGGAUGCCGAAACGAGACGGCAUGCUGAGACAGAACUCGCACAAACAUGGCCGCCGCUGCACCUCUGCAGUCAGCGCUAGCUUUGACAUGGAAAAGGACAAGCUGAAAUUCGAGAGAAUGCCGUCGGUAGACUCCUUCAAUCAGCGCUCGCAUCCUAACGAGAUGCUGACGGGGCUUCGCUACUUCGAGCGUCCGAUCAUCGACAAGAUGGGAGAGGUCACCAAGCCGGCGUUCGACUGGGGCCUCGUCGAUAGAGGGGCGCUCGCAAAGUGCCUGCUCGUGCUCUGCAAGGUCGUCAGGGACAUUCUGAAGGGAGAAGAUCGGCUGCUGACGCUGCAGGCGCCUGUCUAUAUUCUCGGAGACAUCCACGGCAACUUUCGAGAUCUCGUCUGCUUCGAGAAGGUGCUCUGGCGCAUGGGACCGAUACUAACGCCCUCUAACAUCCUGUUUCUCGGUGACUAUGUUGAUCGAGGUGAUCAGGGCAUCGAGGUGGUCGCGUACCUGUUUGCGCAAAAGCUGCUGGCACCGGAGAAGUUCUACCUGCUGAGAGGAAACCACGAGCUGCGCUCCGUGCAGUGCAUGUUCUCCUUCCGCACGGAGUGCAUGGAGAAGUUUGGUGCGGAGAUGGGAUCCGAGGUGUGGGAGGCGGUGAACGAUGUGUUCGAUGUGAUGCCGAUCGCAGCCGUCGUCGACUCAAAGAUCUUCUGUGUACACGGAGGCAUCCCACGUCCCUCUAAACACGGAAGUACCUUCGCAGCAAUCAACAAGAUCCCGUGCCCACUCCGCAACCCAGAGCAAGAGAGCAAGCUCACCUGGGAAAUCCUCUGGAGUGAUCCUAUCAACCAGGAGACGGACAUGCGGUCGGACACGGAGGAGGAGCUGAUCGCUAACGAGGGCUUUGCGCACAACUGCCGCCGCGGCACAGCCAACAUCUUCAGCUGCCGCGCUCUCGAGGCAUUCCUCAAGUCUCACGGCCUCUCUCACGUCGUACGAGCGCACGAGGUUCAGCAGGCUGGCUUCCAGGUACGCGAGCAACGAAAGUUGUGA